AUGCUCACGACGGGAACCUCUCUCGCCCCUCCAAGGCCCCUCUCAUUCCAUUUCAACUCCUUUGAAUUCGUGGAGACUAUCCCUGUAACUACAAGAUCUAAUCUACCACCCGGGUCAGCGCGCAACGAUCUAUCAACCUCCGUUCCCGAACUUCUCGCAACCGGCGCGACGGAAAUUGCGGCAACCGAGAUAAAAAUGCUCCCAAUCACUCUUCCCAACGAACUCUGGUUAUACAUUGCGGACCUCGUCCCUCCACGCGAACGCCCGAAGCUUGUGGGCGUGAACAGGUUGUUCUUCAACAUGAUCAUGAACGAGCUCUAUGGGCAGCUCAGCUUCAUCAGCGCCGACUCGAGGAUCUUUACGGACAAGUUGAGGUCAUUACAAGGCCCGACAGGUACUAUGGGGGAUCGAGUGCGCGUUCUGACACUCUGGCCGGCAGCAGUGCGGGAUGCGAUUAGGGCAGUGGAGUCACAGAAGGCGAGGAAGGCGCAGGAGGACAAGAGGCCAGCGACUCGGCAGGGCCACAAUCGUACUGGGUCAGCGUCGCAGUUGAUCCAGAGAGGGCGGCAGUACGUUGGGGAGCUGCUCCGACACCCCCGUUCUCAAUCACCCACCCCAUGGGUCCUGCCGCCGUCUCAAGGAUCCAUGCCGUCUCCCGAGGAACGGCUGCACAUGUUCCUAGACGCGGUGAAGAACCUGACGAAGGUGGAGGAGUACGAGAUUAGUUGGUAUGUGGACAAGGGCGGGAAGGAGUAUGGGUGGAAGUUCGCGUUCUUCGGGCAGAUCUGGACCAGCAUCGGGCCGAACCUCAGGCGCCUCACAAUCGACGCUCAGCUGUUCAAAUUGUCCGACAUCCUCAGCACAACAGGACCUCUGCCGCGCUUGGAGGAGCUGAACCUUACGCUACGGAAUGAGGCGAUCGGAGAGGACCCUUACCAAACGACACUAGUCUCGCGGAACAGCACGGUCGUGCCGUACUUCCUGAACAAACUCACUCCAUCUCUGCACACACUAUCCAUCAAGACAAUAGGGCACCAGGAGCUCGCAUUCUUUGGGCUCCUCGGGCAGUUCCCGAAUCUCACGAAACUAUCAUUGAUCAUGCCGCUCGACGCCCACCACCUAUACGACUACGUUGGCUUCCAAUCAUUCCUCCUUAUCCACCCACGGAUACGCGAGUUGUCCAUACGGUACUCGCGCUGCUGCCGCGAUGUCCCCGACGAUGGUUUCCGCAGGGCCGACGGCACAGGCCACCUGUUGUACACCGACAUCGUUCUCCCCGUUGUGCACUCGCUCGAGUACGGGCUCCGCCUGCCCAUCUCGCGAUGGGGCCCGCAUCCGAUGCUCUCGGCAGUGGCGAAGAUGUGUACGGAAUCGUUGACGUCACUGACGCUGACGGAUCGGAGUCUGACGAUCGAGGAGGCGAAGACCGUCCUGGGCGCCUUCCCGAGCUGGCGUCUCAAGAAGCUGUCGCUCUUUGCGCGCUUACUGAGCCCGCAGCUGAUUGAUGCCAUUGCACAUGCGUGUCCUGUUCUCGGCUCGCUGACACUGGAUGUCGGAACGGUGGUCAAGAGCGAAGUGCUCAAUUCGACCUACCCCAAGCCUAAGGAUGAUGUGAACGGAUUCGCGGAAGCGCUCAUGAGCUACGCCGUCGACCUCGACAAUGAUCGCUGGCGAUACCGUGGCUGGACGCUCUCUGAUAUAUCUGUCAUGAAAUGGGAGUUCAAAGUUGGGCAUCAAUGCAGCUGGCCAUGCAUGCAUGCGAUAGCGGCUGUCGUGCCUACAGUCAGGAGCUUCGCUGGGAAGGGCGACAUGAUGGAAGACACGGUCGUGCGGAAGCCGCAAGAUGGGAAUAUUGGCGCCGACUGGGGAAACCGAGAGCGGCCUUGGGAUACGUGA